AUGGCGAAAAGAGCGGUACUGAUUGGAAUCAACUACGUGGGAACAAAAGCAGAGCUACGAGGCUGUGUCAAUGACGUUCGUCGGAUGCAUGUAAGCCUCGUCGAACAGUACGGAUUCUCCAACAAGAACAUCAAACUGCUGAUCGAUACUGAUAGCUCUACGAUCAAACCGACCGGUAAGAACAUCAGACAGGCUUUGUUGGAUCUGGUUAAACCGGCUCAACCGGGAGAUAUUCUCUUCGUUCAUUACAGUGGGCACGGUACGAGGUUGCCUGCGGAAACUGGUGAAGACGAUGAUACUGGUUACGAUGAGUGUAUUGUUCCUUCCGACAUGAAUCUCAUCACCGAUGAUGAUAUUAGGGAUCUUGUGGAUAUGGCGCCAAAGGAUUGUCCUAUUACAAUCGUCUCAGAUUCUUGUCACAGUGGUGGUCUCAUCGAUGAAGCUAAAGAGCAGAUAGGAGAAAGCACAAAGAAGAGGAAACCAAAGCAAGAAUCUGGAGAAUCUUCAAAGAGUAUCGUCGAAGAGAUACAAGAAACAGUAGAAACCAAUACCAAGGACAUUCAUGAGCUAGGAAGCAGAUCUUUGCCAUUAGAGACUUUGAUCGAUAUGUUGAAGCAAGAAACAGGCAACGACGAUAUCGAAAUUGGGAAAAUCAGGACAACUCUUUUCGAUAUGUUUGGCGAAGAUUCAAGCCCAAAAGUGAAGAAAUUUAUGGAUGUGAUUCAGAGUAAGCUUCAAGAAAGUGGAGGUCAAUUGGGAACAAUGGAGAACCUAGCUCAAGAGUUUCUUGAGCAGACGCUAAACGAUGUUCAAGAGGCUGUGAAACCAUUGAUCCAAGAAGUCUAUGCAGGUGCAAUCAAUGGUGCACUUCCGGAUAACGGUAUAUUGAUAAGUGGUUGCCAAACUGAUCAAACUUCUGCGGAUGCAAGCCCGCCGGGUCACCCGGAAUUGGCUUAUGGAGCAUUAACCAAUGCUAUACAGAUCAUAAUUAAGGAAACUAAAGGUAAGAUUAGUAACAAAGAUCUUGUUUUGAAGGUUAGGAAGCUUCUUAAGAAACAAGGGUUUGACCAAAGACCGGGACUUUAUUGCAAUGAUGGUUAUGUGGAUGAUCAGUUUAUAUGUUGA